AUGAGUGUCUCUCAGUGCGCCUACCUCAUGUCUGUAUUCCGGUUAGAAUGUCUGCGUAUCGAGUACUCAGAUGAAAUGGAGGCUUUUCACAAGAUUUUCCAAUACCUUGAGGACUACACCAUACGCAUGGAUAAGUCAGAAAUGUGGACCUGCAUCAUGCAAGUCGCUGUUCAAGUUUUUCAACGUUAUCUUCAACGCCUCAGCAGUAUGCUGGCCAUCGUGGACAAUGUGCAGGAUCGUCAGCAGAUUCUGAGUGAUUUCGUUAAACGCUGUACCAGCGUAAUUGAGGAAGGCCUCAAGUGGGCACCGCAUCUAGUGCGCUCUCAUUUGGCGGAGUACACCCUGCAGAGGGAGCACUCUUGGCAGGGCUUGCGCCACCACACCGGUCUGGCCUUCGCCUCCGAACUGGUCUUCAACUACGCCGGUGCACACCGCUCGGGCACCUGCCUAGGCCCGGCGGCACUGGACAAGAGGCCAAACUGUGCGAAGCGGGACUACUCCAAUUUCCUCUGCACACUCACUUUGCGAAGCAGGUUUUUGGGACAGGUAGGUGGUGACUGCAUCAGUCCGCUUGUGGGCAUUGCAUUCCGUUUUAUUCUCUAG